AAAUGUCUAAACCCUACGCUACGUGAUCGCUUCUUCUUGUUUCAGUUUCUUAAACAAAUUGGAGUUAUCCAGGGAAGAGAGGAAGGAAGGUACAGAGGGAGAGAGGCUUGCAGAGCUUUGUUGUUGGAGACUUGGAGUGGAGGAAGGAGAUCAUGGCAACCAAAUUUUUGGCUUUAGCUUGUAUAAGGAACAAUGAGAACUACGAUAGAGAUUUGUCUCCUCGACCACAUUACCCUUCGAUGCCUAAGUACCCUAAGGGUUUCGCCGUUCAGGAUAGCAUCGAGGUCUCCGAGGCUAAGGCUCUCUUCUCCGUUAUUGGAAUGACCUGUUCUGCUUGUGCUGGUUCCGUGGAGAAAGCCAUCAAACGGCUUCCGGGAAUCCGUGAUGCUGCUGUUGACGUUUUGAACAACAGAGCUCUGGUUCUGUUUUAUCCUGAUUUCGUCAGUGAGGAAACAAUUCAAGAGGCUAUCAAAGAUGUUGGAUUUGAGGCAACAUUGAUCAAGGAUGAGGUGAAUGAGAGAUCCAUGCAAGCAUGUCGAUUACGUAUAAAAGGAAUGACUUGUACCUCAUGCUCAAGAACUAUUGAAUCUGCUCUGCAAGGUAUUAAAGGUGUGAAUAAAGCCCAAGUUGCAUUAGCAACUGAAGAAGCAGAGAUCUGUUUUGAUCCAAAGAUUGUGAGCCACAACCAGCUCCUUGAAGCAGUUGAGCACAUUGGUUUUGAAGCCAUACUUAUUAGAACAGGGGAAGACAGGAGCAAGAUACAGCUAAAAGUAGAUGGAGUACGCACCGAUCAUUCAAUGAUGAUGAUAGAAAAUUCUCUACAAGCACUUCCAGGAGUUUAUGAUGUGACAAUUGAUCCAACGUUUCAUAGAAUUUCCAUUUCUUACAAGCCAGAUGAAACAGGACCACGGACUUUCAUCCAAGUUAUAGAGUCAACUGGCUCUGGGAGUUUCAAAGCAAUGAUAUUCCCUGAAGGAGGGGGAAGAGAUUCUCUUAGGCGAGAGGAGAUUAAGAACUACUAUAAAUCCUUUCUAUGGAGUCUUGUUUUUACCAUCCCGGUGUUCCUUACCUCUAUGGUCUUCAUGUAUAUCCCCGGUAUUAAGCAAGGACUUGAUGCUAAAGUGAUCAACAUGUUAACCAUUGGAGAGAUUUUGAGGUGGAUACUAUCUACCCCUGUACAAUUCAUUAUUGGUUGGAGAUUUUACUCUGGGUCCUUUAAGGCAUUGCGACACGGCUCUGCAAAUAUGGACGUUUUGAUUGCACUUGGAACCAAUGCAGCCUACUUCUAUUCUGUCUACUCAGUGUUGAGAGCUGCUACGUCAGAGGAAUUCAAGUCUACAGAUUUCUUUGAGACGAGCUCAAUGCUCAUUUCCUUUAUUUUACUGGGGAAGUAUUUGGAGGUUUUGGCCAAGGGGAAGACAUCUGAAGCCAUUGCUAAGCUUAUGGAUUUGGCACCUGAGGCAGCAACUCUAUUAACUAUGGACAGUGAGGGAAAUAUGAUACGUGAGCAAGAAAUUGAUAGUCGAUUGAUACUGAAGAAUGAUGUGAUCAAGAUAAUGCCUGGUGCAAAAGUUGCUUGUGAUGGUUUUGUUAUAUGGGGUCAAAGUCAUGUCAAUGAAAGCAUGAUAACAGGAGAAGCCAGGCCAGUGGCCAAAAGGAAAGGUGAUAUAGUAAUUGGAGGGACUGUGAAUGAGAAUGGGGUGUUACAUGUUCAGGCAACCCGAGUUGGAUCUGAGACUGCUCUCUCACAGAUUGUUCGACUUGUUGAAUCAGCACAAAUGGCCAAAGCUCCUGUCCAGAAAUUUGCUGACCGUAUCUCAAAAUAUUUUGUGCCUUUGGUUAUUAUCCUUGCAUUCUGCACUUGGCUUGCCUGGUUUUUAGCUGGAAAAUUUAAUGGCUAUCCAAAGUCUUGGAUACCAUCCUCCAUGGAUGGCUUUCAGCUUUCUCUUCAAUUUGGCAUCUCUGUCAUGGUCAUAGCCUGCCCUUGCGCUCUAGGUCUGGCAACUCCCACAGCAGUUAUGGUUGGUACAGGAGUUGGUGCUUCUCAAGGUGUAUUAAUCAAAGGUGGUCAAGCAUUGGAAAGUGCACAUAAGGUGAACUGCAUUGUGUUUGACAAAACGGGAACCCUCACCAUUGGAAAACCAGUGGUUGUAAGCACAAGGCUCUUGAAAAACAUGGUCCUUCGUGAUUUGUAUGAACUGGUUGCUGCAGUUGAGGUUAACAGUGAACAUCCACUGGCUAAGGCUAUAGUUGAGUAUGCCAAGAAAUUCAGAGAAGAUGAAGAGAACCAUGUGUGGCCAGAAGCACGAGACUUUGUCUCCAUUACAGGUCAUGGUGUGAAAGCAACUGUUCAAAACAAAGAAAUAGUUGUCGGAAACAAGAGCCUGAUGUUGGACUCUGGGAUAUCCGUUCAAGUUGAUGCCGAAGAACUCCUAGUAGAAACUGAAGAGCUGGCACAAACAGGAAUCCUGGUAUCUAUUGAUCGGGAGGUCGUGGGACUGAUAGCCAUAUCUGACCCAUUGAAGCCUGGAGUGCCGGAUGUCAUUUCCAUUCUCAAGUCUAUGGAUGUUAGAAGUAUUAUGGUGACAGGUGACAAUUGGGGAACUGCAAAUGCCAUCGCCAAGGAGGUUGGAAUUGAGACUGUUGUUGCUGAAGCCAAACCUGAACAGAAAGCAGAGAAAGUGAAGGAGUUACAGGCCAUGGGACUAACGGUGGCAAUGGUUGGAGAUGGUAUCAAUGACUCGCCAGCACUAGUGGCUGCUGAUGUGGGAAUGGCAAUUGGUGCUGGCACAGACAUUGCCAUUGAGGCAGCUGACAUUGUUCUGAUGAAGAGCAACUUGGAGGAUGUGAUAACUGCCAUUGACCUCUCCAGGAAAACCUUCUCUCGUAUCCAUAUGAACUACUUCUGGGCACUGGGUUAUAAUCUAUUCGGCAUCCCAAUCGCUGCUGGGGCCCUUUUCCCAUCCACUGGUUUCCGUCUACCACCAUGGGUUGCUGGAGCUGCAAUGGCAGCCUCUUCAGUUAGUGUUGUUUGCUGGUCUCUAUUGUUGAAGAAUUACAGAAAACCCAAGAAGUUGGAUACCCUUGAGAUUAGAGGAAUCAAAGUUGAGUAGCCAGUUAUUAUCAAGUGGAGCUGAAUAU